AUGUUUAUCUUGGAUUGGUUCACUGGUGUUCUCGGAUUCCUUGGUCUGUGGAAGAAGUCAGGCAAGCUACUGUUCUUGGGGCUGGACAAUGCUGGCAAGACCACACUCCUGCACAUGCUGAAGGAUGACAGAUUGGCGCAGCAUGUACCCACAUUGCAUCCCACGUCGGAGGAGCUGUCAAUAGGCAGUAUGCGUUUCACGACGUUCGACUUGGGCGGGCAUCAGCAGGCGCGGCGCGUGUGGCGCGACUACUUCCCGGCGGUAGACGCCAUCGUGUUCCUGGUGGACGCCUGCGACCGCCCGCGCCUGCCCGAGUCCAAGGCCGAGCUGGACUCAUUGCUCACUGACGAGACACUCAGCAACUGCCCCGUCCUCAUCCUCGGCAACAAGAUCGACAAGCCCGGCGCAGCCAGCGAGGAUGAGCUCCGUCAGUUCUUCAACCUGUACCAACAGACCACUGGAAAGGGCAAAGUAUCCAGAUCAGAGUUGCCCGGCCGACCCCUGGAGCUGUUCAUGUGCUCGGUGCUGAAGCGCCAAGGCUACGGCGAGGGCUUCCGUUGGCUCGCCCAGUACAUCGACUGA